UCAGAGUGCAGCAGACUGCAGUCUCUCCUCCUCUCUCCUCCUCUCUCCUCCUCUCUCCUCCCUGCAGGUGGACCAGCACGAUGGCCUUCGUCUCAGUUUUUGCGUUUCUGGCGCUCGCCGUUGCGGCUGAAGGAAACGUCGGACCGAGCAGCAACAGAAGCUUCUGCACCGAGUCCAAGGAGUGCCUGGAGUACCAGCUGGUCUGCAAGACAGACGAAUAUGAGGUGCGACACUACAGUCCGACCCGCUGGGUGUCCACAGACGCAGAGGCGUAUUUCAUGGGAGUGGGAGCAGCGAUGGCCUUCAGGAGACUCUUCCAGUUCAUCACCGGGGCCAACGUGGGGGGAGUCCAGAUGGAGAUGACCGCCCCCGUCCUGGUGAAGAUCCCGGAGGAUACCAGGAUGUGGGAACCAGCCGUCUACACCCUCAGCUUCCCGCUGCCGGCAGCCUAUCAGGAGGAGCCGCCGGUGCCAACCAAUGACAAGCUGUACUUCACAGAGAUGCCGGAGAUGGAUGUGUAUGUGCGGGGGUACGGGGGCUGGAUGCUGUCCGUCACCUCCCGGCUUCACGCCCACCUCCUGACCAAAGAGCUGGGGAGGGUGGGCGCCUCGUACAACCGCAGCUACCACUACGGAGUGGGGUACGACAGUCCCUUGAAGCUGUUGAACAGGCACAACGAGGUGUGGUACGUGUCCGAGGGGGAUGUAGUUUGCUCGGAUCCUCAGCAGCCGACCCCCCCUCACACCCCCGGGCCGACCCCUUCCCCCUCCCCCACAGACCCCGCCUCCCCCCCCCCUCCCACACACACUCUCCGACUCCCCCAGUCCAACUCCUCCGACCCCUCUGCCCUCCCCCAAUCUGAAGCCAGUCCUUCGUCCAGCGGCCCCUCCACCUUCAUCCUGCAGGAUCCAACCUCCACCCCUCCGGGGAACAUUUCCAACCCCCCAGGGAACAGCACCACACUGGUGCCCGACGCCCCCCCAGGUAACAGCACCAUCCUGGGGAACAUUACCACCCCCCCAGGGAACAGCACCAUCAUGGGGAACAUUACCACCCCCCCAGGGAACAGCACCAUCCUGGGGAACAUUACCACCCCCCCAGGGAACAGCACCACCCCCCCAGGGAACAGCACCACCCCCCCCACGGAACAGCACCAACCCCCCAGGGAACAGCACCAACCCCCCAGGGAACAGCACCACCCUCCUCCCCUCCCUCACCUCUGGGGGGCCAUCAACUGA